CUCAACAAUCGGACACUUCCUUCGAUCGGGCACCUGACACUGACACACGACACGUAACAAACACCCUUCGCAUUCAACGUUCAACCCACGCCGCCUCGCCACUAUAAAGGCCCACACAACCCUCGUCUCUUGCGAUGCCCUCGCUCAUUCAAUCCUCCCUUCUUCUGCUUCGCGAUUACAUUAUGAGGGACUACGAUAGGUAUAACGAGAUACAUGCGGGAGAGGUCAUGAUGGAUGAUUGGAGGACUAUACUUGAGAUACAGGAAGUCGCUGCGAAGCUCGAUGAUGGUGAGUUGAGCAAGGGGGAAGGAUGGGAGGAGGCGGUCCAGGGUGUUAGGGAUGCGGCGGAGGGAGUGGAGGAGGCGAGGGAGGCGACGAGGGAGGCGCCACAUGAUGUGGCGAAGGCCACAGCGUUCAAAGAGAUAGCGAAGAGUGCUGUCGAUGUCGCUGCUGCGCUUCAAAGAGGACAUUUCGGCGAGAAAGCAAUGGGGCUCAUCGUCGAAGACACAGAAUCGUACUGGCCCCUCGGCUCCAAACUCGUAGGAGAUGGACUGAGGCUCCUGACCUGGGAGAUCAUCAGGGGACACACGAAUGCGUGGAGUGCGGAGGAUAAGGAGGGGGUUGUUGGUGCUCUUGAGAAGGUCCUGGAAGAUUUAGACGUCGAUGCAUCUGGAUGGGCGAUUGAGGGGAUGAGUGAGAUUGAUUAUCAUGAGCCGUUAGAUGCUGUGAAGUGUAAUGAGAGGUCAAAGGCAUUCCCUGAGGAUGCGAGGAAGAUGGUGGAAUUGCUCAAGAUUACGACGAGGAAGAGUCGCGAGACGUUGGGAAAGGGGGAGUACUUGGACUGUCCUAUAAACAUCGACGUCGAGAGCGAGAUUCCGUUUGGCAAAGCAACCAAUCCGAAGUUGAACAAGAAGACAUACUACACCAUCCUCCUGGAAUUCUCCGGCCUAAAUCGCGAAGUCCACGAUACACUCAACCGUGGAGAGGGCCCACCUGGUGUCGACAUGAGUGUGGCCCAGUCCCAAAACGGGGAGAAGGCAGCCCCUGCAGGGUUUACGCCACGACCAGCGACUGAUGUAGAGUUCCUCACCUCGUUGAGAGAUAUCAAGGGUUUGAGUGGGAUUAAGACGACGAAGGACUCGGUGCAGCGUGCUACGCCUCGGGCUGAAUGCCCUUUUGGUCCCAGGUAGACUUUGAAGCGUGGAUUCUAGAGAAGACUGGACAGACGAAUGGACAGAAGUGGCUGCAUCCCCAUGACCUGUACUUAUAAUAUCGUUAGCGAGUAUAUAGCAAGAACCAGACACGGUGGCACCCUGUGUCUGGACUGAGCAAGGAAA